AUGAUGGAGUACGACGAGUUCGGCAACCUCAUCGGCGGCGACAGCGACGACGAGAGCGAGGGCGAGGCGGCGCCGGCGGCCUACGGCGACGCCUCGGCCGGCGACGGCCAGGUCGUCGCCAUGGAGGAGGACGAGGUCGGCGAGCGCGCCGUCGUGCUCCACGAGGACAAGCAGUACUACCCCGACGCGGCGGACGUCUACCCCGGCGCGCGGACCGUCGUGCUCGACGAGGACGCGCAGCCGCUCGAGGAGCCGAUCCUCAAGCCCGCGGCCGUGCGGCUCUUUAGUACCUUGGACCACAGCGCCCCGGGCGAGAAGAGCUACACCGUCGACUUCAUGCGGGGCCUCAUGGAGCGGCCCGAGCUCAUCCGGAACGUCGCGCUCCUGGGAAAUUUGCACUGCGGCAAGACCACUUUAACGGACGUCUUCGUGCAGCACGCGCACCGCGUCGAGUGGGACCCGAGCAAGGAGUUCAAGUUCAGCGACACGCGCAAGGACGAGCAGGAGCGCCAGCUGUCGAUCAAGUGCGCGCCCGUGUCGAUGGUGCUGCCCGACUCGCGCGGCAAGCACUACAUGGUGCAUUUGGUGGAUUGCCCGGGCCACGUGGGCUUCAACGACGAGGUCACGGCGGCGCUCCGCGCCGUCGACGGCGCGGUUAUUGUUGUUGACGCGGUCGAGGGCGUCAUGGCGUCGACGGAGCGGCUCAUCAAGCACGCGAUCGAGGCGCGCGUCGGCCUCACCUUGGUCAUCAACAAGGUCGACCGCCUGAUCCUCGAGCUCAAGCUCCCGCCGACGGACGCCUACUUCAAGCUCGUCCACACCGUCGACGACGUCAACGCGUGCGUCGCGGAGUGCUGGGGCGCCGCGCGCGACCGGCUCCGCCUCGGCGACGAGCAGCCGCCGCGGCUCAGCCCGACGAAGGGCGACGUCUGCUUCGCGUCGGCCCAGCACUGCUGGUGCUUCACGCUCGAGUCCUUCGCGCGCGUCUACGGCGAGGACGCCGCGCGCAAGGGCAGCGGCGGCGUCGACGCCAAAGCGCUCGGGAAGCGGCUCUGGGGCGACGUCUACUUCGACUCUUCCACCCGGAAGUUCGGCCGGGCGCCGCCGCCGCCGACGGGCGCGAAGCAGAAGCGGUGCCAGCGGUCCUUCGUCGAGUUCGUCCUCGAGCCGCUCUACAAGAUCUACGCGCACGUCUUGGGCGAGGAGCCGGGCUCGCUCAACGCGGCGCUCGGCGCCGUGGGCAUCAAGCUCGCCGUCGACGAGCUCAGCCUGGACCCGAAGCCCCUGCUCAAGUGCGCCCUGCGGCGCUUCUUCAAGGGCCGCGCGACCGCGGCGUUCGUCGACGUGAUCUCGCGCCACUCGCCGAGCCCCAAAGCGCACUCGGCGACCAAGGUCGCGUACCACUACUGCGGCGCGCUGGACGGCGACCGCGCGGCGGCCAUGGCGGGCUGCGCCGACGACGGGCCCCUCUGCGUCAACGUCGUCAAGCUCUUCUCGACGCCGGACGCGACGGGCUUCGUCGCGUUCGGCCGCGUCUACAGCGGCCGCGUCGCGCCGGGCGCGCGCGUGAACGUGCUCGGCGAGAACUACUCGCCCGACGACCCGGAGGACGCGCGGCCCUGCGUCGUGGCGGGCGUGAGCGUCUGCCACGGGCGCCACGCGACGGACGUGCCGUCCGCGGGGCCCGGGAAUCUGGUGCUGUUGGAGGGCGUCGACGCGUCCAUCGCGAAGACGGCGACGAUCGUCGACGCGGCGGGCGGCUCCGACGCGGACCCCGUCCACAUCUUCCGGCCGCUGAAGUUCGACAAUUUGGCGGUCGUGAAGCUCGCCGUCGAGCCGCUGAACCCGUCCGAACUGCCGAAGAUGACGGAGGGUUUGCGGAAGAUCUCCAAGAGCUACCCGCUGGCGCAGACCAAGGUCGAGGAGAGCGGCGAGCACGUCGUGCUGGGCACGGGCGAGCUCUACCUCGACUGCGUCAUGCACGACCUCCGCGAGAUGUACGGCGCGGUGGAAGUGAAAGUCGCGGACCCCGUCGUCGCCUUCUGCGAGACCGUCAUCGAGACGUCGUCGCUCAAGUGCUUCUCGGAGACGCCGAACAAGCGCAACAAGCUCACGAUGAUCGCCGAGCCGUUGGACGCGGGCGUCGCGGACGCCGCGGAGCGCGGCGACGUCGACCACCGGUGGUCGAAGAAGCAGGUCGGCCAGUACUUCCAGAAGACCUACGACUGGGAUUUGCUCGCCGCGCGGUCCAUCUGGGCCUUCGGGCCGGAUGCGCUCGGGUCGUCGUCCUUCGGGGGCGGCUGCAGUAACGUGCUCUUGGACGACACGCUGCCGUCCGAGGUCGACAAGCGCCUCCUCAACGCGGCCAAGGAGUCCGUCGUCCAGGGCUUCCAGUGGGGCUGCCGCGAGGGCCCGCUCUGCGACGAGCCCAUCCGCAACGUCAAGUUCAAGAUCCUCGACGCGUCGAUCUCCGACGUCGCGCUCCACCGCGGCGGCGGCCAGGUCAUCCCGACCGCGCGCCGCGUCUGCUACAGCGCGUUCUUGAUGGCGUGCCCGCGGCUCAUGGAGCCCAUCUUCGCCGUCGACGUCCAGUGCCCGGCGGACUGCGUCGCCGCCGUCUACCCCGUGCUCGCGCGGCGCCGGGGCCACAUCGUCCAGGACGCGCCGAAGCCGGGCGCGCCGUUCUACACGGUCAAGGCCUACAUCCCCGCCGUCGACUCCUUCGGCUUCGAGACGGACCUCCGGGCCUUCACGCAGGGCCAGGCCAUGUGCUCCCAGGUCUUCGACCACUGGGCCGUCUGCCCGGGCGACCCCCUCGACCGCUCCAUCAUCCUCCACCCGCUCGAGCCGAGCCCGCCGCCGCACCUCGCGCGCGAGUUCAUGGUCAAGACCCGCCGCCGCAAGGGCCUCUCCGAGGACGUCUCCAUCGCCAAGUUCUUCGACGACCCCAUGCUCAAGGAGCUCUCCGAGAUGCAGCCGGGCGGCGGCGGCAUGUAG